AUGUUUGACUUGAAGAAAGAGUGGAGCAUCUCGUUCGCAGGAUGCGGGUUUAUGGGAAUUUACUACGUUGGCGCCAGCAGUUGCAUCCUGGAGAGAUUCCCGCGUCUCAUCCAGAGCGCCUACAAGCUGUACGGAGCCUCGGCUGGAGCGCUGACGGCCGCCGUCCUCUGCGCGGGCAUCUCUCUGGAGAAAUGCUGUGGCGACCUGAUGUUUAUGGCCAGGGAGGCCAGGAGGCAUAAACUGGGACCCUUGCACCCGACCUACAAGCUGAUGCAGAUAGUCCAGGACUCCAUUUUGAAAAGCCUCCCUGACGACGCCCACGUCCGAGUCUCGGGGAAGCUGUGCGUGUCCCUGACUCGAGUGUCCGACGGCAAGAACGUCCUGGUGUCUGAGUUCGAGAACAGGGAGGAUCUCAUUCAGGCUCUCAUCUGCAGCUGCUUCGUCCCGCUCUACUGCGGCGUCAUCCCACCGACGUACCGCGGCGUGCACUAUGUGGACGGUGCAGUCAGCGACAACCUGCCGCGCUGCGGCCAGAAGAACACCGUCACCGUCUCAGCCUACGCCGGGGACAGCGACCUCUGCCCUCCUGCGAGCGCGCUCAACCUGCGCGCGGUGCGUUUCAACAACGUUAGCAUCCAGGUGAACGCCGCCAACCUGUACCGCGUGACCAACACCUUCUUCCCGCCCGAGCCUGAGGUGAUGGCUGAGAUCUGCAACAACGGCUACAAAGAUGCCCUUCGCUUCCUCCUGCGAAACAAUCUCAUCAGCAGCGGAAGUCCUCACAGAAGUCUGGAAGCCGCUUGCUGUGACAGAGAGAGGACGAGUCCGGAGGCGGAGGAGCACGGCUGGCUGAACCCGCAGCUGAUCCAGAACCUUCCGGUGGGACUCCAGAGAGCGCUUUGCGCGGCCUGUCGAGAGAGCCCCACAUCUAGGGGCCUCCCCGCUGAAGAACCCACCGCCUCCCCGCGCUCGCUGGCCCAGAGGUUGACGGACUGGAUCCCUGGUGUGCCCCGGGACAUGACCUGGGUCAAGGACUUGGCGGGAGAAUUGUACAGGAAGGCCAUGGUGGAUGAGGACGAUCAGGAAGUAGCCACACGAGUGCGCAGGUGUGCGAGUCUCCUCUCAGAGCUGCAUCUCUGCGGCUCCCCAGAGCCGCCUCCCUCCUAACGCCCUCACGCCCCAUGGGACCUCAGGAUGGACCUUGCACCCGUCUCCAGGUCUGAUGAAGCCAUUGUGGGGUCA